UUGGUCGUGUCGAGUGUUGUGCGUCUCAGGAAACUGAAACAUUUGCUUCGCAAAGAAUGGAAAGUGAAACCUAAAAAUUAUUGCCGUCGACUUGCGCCAUUCUUUAUAGCUGCCAGUAAAUAAAAUUGAUUUUUUAAAUUGAUUUUCGGAUGUCCAUGUAUUGCAACAAAACGACAGAAGCAUAAAUAGUUUGGUAACACUGGCGAGAGUACGUUACACACGAACUGUAGAACGGGUUGAAGAUGGUAUCACUUACGAGUCUGGUCAUACUAGUUAAGAAAUUCUACUCGACGGCCUUCCAUUUUCCAAUGGUCAUUGAAGAAAACGAAUGUCAUUUCGGGCGGUAGUGUAAACUAAAUUAAAUUAUUCCAGUUAAUAGUUAUGCACUUGGGUGAGUUCACAUUUUUAUUGCAGUGUAGCUAAUUAAUCUAUUGUAACUAGCUAUAUCAUAGUUGUGCCACACUAUAUUGAAAGCACGCAGUUUAAACGCUAAAGCUGGCUGUUCUAGUUAAACGGAUUAGUUAAGUAGUCUGCCUAACUUGACGGCAAUAUCUGUUCAGAGAAGUUUAGUUAAGGUUGUUUAACGUCAGGGAAAACGCACCCAGUGCUACCAAGAUAACUGACUCGUGGUAGUCAUAUGCGUUUGCGAAUAAAUUACGUUUCUUUUAUUGGUCGGUUCCAUUGCUUUUUAUGUAGCAAGCUGCGUUAAAUAAGUUCCUCUGGGAAAAAUCAAGACGGCUCAACAGGUGCCGCUCCACUCAGAAACUACUUGUCCAGGAUUACCACUUGCCACGGUGCUGUUUCCAGACUACCGAAGUUCCAGCUGUUGCACCAGUUUAAGUGGUGCUGGUAUUGUACCAGCGCCUUAUUCCCCCCCUCGCCCUGACCCCUGCGAUAUGAGCAGAGGUAGAGGAGGGCCUCACAAACAGCAUUGUAGGUUUCGGUCUCCCCAAAAUCAGGGCAAACUCCCCUUUGGACCUGGUUCCUCCACGGUCCCAGGUGACCCCUAUACCCCAGUUUUCCACCAUAACUAUAGCCGGUUCCCUCACUUACCCACCCUUUCCUCUGCACCCCCCCACACACAGACUUUUCCUUUCUCUCCUUGUGAACCCCUCCUCAGCCAACCCCCCACCAACCCAGGAAAUGAGGGCCAGAGUACCAUUUCUAAAUUUAGGCAGCAACAGAUGCAGUUUUUGAGGGGUCAAAUUCCAGAAGCCCCUCAGUUUAGGACAGGUUUUCAGGGUGAAACCCAUCGAUUAGCUGCCAGAACAGGACCCAGUGCUGACCACCAGCAAAAUUGGAACUUCAAAAGCCACCCCAACAACCCCAGACAAAGAGGGGGCUACCACAGUUUUGGGAUUCGGGGUAAAAGUGGGGGAUUCAGGGAUCAUUCAAGCCACAGUGUUCCCAAUAGAGAAGCAGGCUGGAACCAGAGAACACACCCUCGAGGGAGAAACCAGUACCAGAACUCGUACCAGAAAAAACAGUGGGGUUCCAAGCAAGAAUAUUCAGUACCAUCCUUGUCAGAUAAUUUCCAGAAUUUGUCCUUGGAAAGGGACAAUUUUGGCCGCAGCAGAAAUUUUGACAAAGCGUCCUCCUACAGUGACAGCUGGGUUUCUUUGUCCGCAAGUUCGAAUAUAGAAACACUGGUCCUCGAGGCUCUGACCUCAUUAAGUCCAGGUGAAACACUCCAGGCGAGAGUUUUUGCUAAAAAACAUAAUUUGCCAAAAAAACUAAUUAACCAGACAUUGUACGCCCUCCGUGGCUCUCAGAAGGCAGUGAAGCAAGGCGAUAAACCUCCUCUUUGGACACUGCGGAGAGGGACACCUGAGGAAAAGGACGGCGGUCUUACUGGAGCGAAGGACACUGCAGUGGCUAAGGGACAGGGGAGUAUCCCGGCAGCAGAAGAGCAGAGUGACGUAUUGGUUGAGGCUGUCUUUGAGAGCGACCAAAGCCCUGACUCACAAGACCAAGACGGGAUCUCUGAAUCGGAUUCCGAAUCAGAUUCCUCGGAAACAGCAGAUUCCGACCAGGAACAGCCUCACCACGCUAGCAAAGUGGUUAACUUAGCCAUAAUGACUGAAACCAAAGAGCAGAUUCUCCAGAACUUGCAUGAAUUGGGUAAAUCCAAUGCCCUCUUACUAGCAAAGAAACUUGGCCUCAAAACUGCCAAGCAGGUCAACCCCAUCCUGUAUGCCCUGGAAAAGCAGGGUGAUGUCUCUUGCGACAAAUCCAUCACCCCUCCUCUGUGGGAACUGUCGACCCAUAAGAGGGAGAGGAUGGACAGACACAGGAAAGCCUUACGGAGUGCUCCUGCAGAGGGGACGGCACCUCCACUUGGGGUGUUUUUUCAGCGAGCAGCAUCUGGCAUGGAAGGGGUAGGUCGUUCAUCUGGUACACAAGUUUUGAAUUUGGGAGAUCCCCUUCCAGGCUUGGAGCCAGUUCGGUUUGACCGCUUAGUGGGUGAGGAAAUUGGGUUAGGCAAUAGGCAGUUGGGUCCAUUUGGCCAAGAACAUAAUCUGCCCUUGAUCAAGCCAGACCCAGACGUGAGAGCGGUACCUGUAGGCCAAGAACGUGAACCGCCCUUGAUCAAGCCAGACCCAGACAUGGAAGAGGUACCUAUGCCAGGCCUGGAACUCCUAAAACCUGAAUCCUCUGACUUCCCCAUCUCUGCCACUGCCUCUUUCCCAUUCCUCCCUCCCUUUCAUCCUCCUUCCCUCUAUCAGGAAGACAACAAAAAUGGGGCGCAUUCACAGUGGGCGUCGGAUGAAAUUCCAGAGUUUCUGAACGUCAUCAGAACUGGAUCAGAGGGCACGGUUGCGGUGUCCCUUGCUGCCGCGCCACAGAAUGUUGGGUUGACCCGCUUCCAGAAACUCCAGGAGAUUCGAUCCAAGAAUCCCGUGAGUGGGCUGAUGGAGUUUGCUCAGUAUAUGGGUCAAAACUGCGAGUUCUUGCUUCUGGACCAGUCUGGACCUUCACAUGACCCCAGAUUCAGGAUGCAGGUUAUGCUGGAUGGACGCAGGUUUCCUGCGGCAGAAGCAUCCAGCAAGAAAGUGGCUAAGAAGGAUGCAGCUGCCGCAGCCCUGAAUACCCUUCUGAGGGAGCAGGAGGGGGGAGGCAGGGCAGAAGAGCCAGGAAAUACAGCUGGAAUGGACGCUGCCAACGACCCCACUUGCGACACCACUUCAGGAGCCUCAGUAACGGGUGGAAGAACCAUACGCAGCCACAACAGCCUGGCACCUCCCCCUCCUGCUGGUCACCAGCCUGGUCACGCGUUGCUGUGGGAUGGCAUUCCAUUCCUCAACCAGGAUUCGUUGCAGGGCACUGCCACUGAGGGCCCUCCCCAGGCCCUGUCUCGCUCCCUGCCUGGGGGGAAGAACCCCGUCUCCAUGCUGAUGGAGUACAGUCAGCGCACUGGCCACUCCAUAGAGUUCAUCAGCACUGGGCAGGAGGGGCCGCCUCAUGACCCUCGUUUUAUGUUCAGGGUGAAGGUGGGGGACAGCCUCUUCCCAGAGGCCUCUGCUCCCAGUAAGAAGGCGGCGCGUCAGCUGGCGGCCGAGGAGGCGGUGAAGGAGCUGCUGGGAGACGGGCGGCUGCAGCUCAACAAGCCCCAGGUGAACUUCUGCCCCAUCGGGGACGAUGAGAACGGUCCGGCGAUGCCCCCCUGCCCCUCCCUCCCCCCGCUGACGGCGGCGGAGCUGCAGGCGGCCCACGAGGCCGGGGUGGGCGACCUCAUCAACCACCUCAACAACAACGCCGUGUCGGGGCUGCUGGAGUACGCCCGGGCCCGGGGGUUCGCCGCCGAGAUCCGCCUGGUCGGCCAGUGUGGGCCUCCGCACGAGCCACGGUUCACGUACCAGGCCAAGCUGGGCGGCCGCUGGUUCCCGCCGGUUUGCGCCAGCAACAAGAAGCAGGGGAAGCAGGAGGCGGCGGACGCCGCCCUCAGGGUGCUGAUCGGGGAGGCGGAGAAGGCGGCCCGAACCGGAGAGCUCACCCCGGAGCUCCCGGUGAGCGGCAGCACCCUGCACGACCAGAUCGCCAUGCUCAGCCACCAGCGCUUCAACGCCCUCACCACCCGCAUCCAGCACAGCCUGCUGGGACGCAAGAUCCUGGCCACCAUCGUCAUGAGGAAGGGGGACAGCCUGGGCACGGUGGUCAGCCUGGGCACUGGAAACCGCUGUGUGAAAGGGGAGGAGCUGAGUCUUAAAGGGGACACGGUGAACGACUGCCACGCAGAAAUCAUUUCCAGAAGGGGCUUCAUCAGGUUCUUGUACAGUGAGUUGAUGAAGCACCAUGCAGGGGAGGGGGAGAGCCUGUUUGAGCCUGCGGAGGACGGCAAACUCAGGAUUCUGCCUGACGUGACCUUUCACCUCUACAUCAGCACCGCCCCCUGCGGAGACGGCGCUCUGUUCGACAAGUCCUGCAGCGAGGCGGCCGAGGGGGCGGGGCCCAUGCACCAUCCGCUGUUCGAGAACACCAAGCAGGGGAAGCUGAGGACGAAGGUGGAGAACGGGGAGGGCACCAUCCCGGUGGAGUCGAGCGACAUCGUGCCCACGUGGGACGGCAUCCAGCACGGGGAGAGGCUGCGCACCAUGAGCUGCAGCGACAAGAUCCUGCGCUGGAACGUCCUGGGCCUGCAGGGGGCGCUGCUCACUCAUUUCCUGCACCCCGUUUACCUCCGCUCCAUCACUCUGGGAUACCUGUACAGCCACGGUCACCUGACCAGGGCCAUAUGCUGCCGAUUGGCUAGGGAUGGCGAUGACUUCAGAAAGAGCCUUCCUCCCAACUUCACUCUCAACCACCCUGAGGUGGGCCGGGUCAGUGUGUACGACUCCACCCGGCACACGGGCAAGACCAAGGAGUCCAGCGUCAACUGGAGCCAGGCUGACCAGCUGAGCGUGGAGGUGCUGGACGGGACCAAAGGCAAGCUGGACAGCCCCAAAUUGGACGUGUCCCGCGUCUCCAAGUCCAACAUGCUCCGCCUCUUCCGGGCGCUGUGCCAGCGGGCGGGCCGCGCCGACCUGCUGCAGCAGCCCUCCUACGCCCACGCCAAGAUGGCCGCCGAGGCCUUCCAGCGGGCCAAGGCCCAGUUCUUCCAGGCCCUCAGCGCCCACGGCUACGGGGCCUGGAUCGGCAAGCCCCUGGAGGAGAAGAGCUUCGAGGCCAGAGGCGAGAGCGCGGGGAUCCAGGGCAGCGUUAAUAACGCCGGCGCCGCCAACACUCUCUGCGCCAACAGCUACAGCACGGAGGGGUAGCGGGGAGAGCAGGGCGAGGGCGGGCGGGGGCUCUGGGGGAUAAAGGAAGAGAGGAAGGGAUUAGGGGAUGAAGGCUAGCCAGUAGCGUGUUUGGUUUGAGGGCAGAGGUCAGCGCGCGUGUGUGAGGGAUGGCAUGGGACAGGAUGCCGGGGAGAGGGGAAUGUGGACUUGGCGAGCCUUAGGGGGGCGGAGCUUUGACAUCAGGAGCCGAGGGGAAGGGAGACGUGAAUAUUGCAUCGGCAGCUGGACUGUGAACAGUGUGAGAAGACUGCAGGAGGGGUCAGAGGAGUGGCCUGGUAGAGUGGACCACAGUGAAAAGAGGUUCACACAGCAAAUUAAACAUACUGACAGAGAGAGAUGCACUGCAUUAUAAAUAAUACUCACAGAGCCAAAAAAAAAAAGAAAAAACAAACCUGUAGUACUCGCAGUGCAGUCUCAGUGUAAAUACACACUCAGAUGCACAGAAUUACUGUUUAUAUUAACGUAGACCCAAUCACCUCUCUCCUAUUCACCCAGUCUAAUUUAGAUGUGUGCAUCUACACAAAUGUAUAAAGUCCUGAAGAUUUACCUUUAUUUUGGACAGCUGGCAUUUCAUCACUUCUUAUUUGUGCCCAAAAGCAGUCCCGGUCUCACCAAUGCGCGCUCUGCAUUGAUGAAUCCACAAUAUCGUGUAGUUCCAGCACAUGUAAGCCCAUCCCCCCCUUCUCUUGAAUAAUCCAUGAAUGUCCAGUACAAUAGAUGUAACUGUACACAUGCUCAGAGAUCAUUGUAGACCAGUGUUUCUCAACCCUGGUCCUGGGGACCCACUGCCCUGCAUGUUUUAGAUGUUUCCCUGCUCCAGCACGCCUGAUUCAAAUGAAUGGGUCAUUAUCAGGCUUCUGGCAGAGCUUAAUGACUACCCAUUCAUUUUAAUCAGGUGUGUUGGAGCAGGGAAAUAUCUAAAACAUGCAGGGCAGUGGGUCCCCAGGACCAGGGUUGAGAAACACCGUUGUAGACCAUUGUCAUUGUAGUGCUAGUAUCGUAAUGUUUGUUUUCUGUGAGAAUCGUGUGUAACACUUAUUUUAUGAUGCCUCUGUUGUUCUGUUGCCGGUGUUUUAGUUAAAUCUUCUAUCCUUAUCAAAGGAAGGUGAUGCAUAUGCAUACUGUACAUACAGAUAUGUAUACACACAAAUUUAUAUGUGAAAAACAACCUAUAUAUUUGUGUGUAUGUGUAAAUGUAUAUCUUAUGUAUAUAUUUUGUAGCUGUUAUUUGAUGAUUUUCUUACAAUGUUUAUGAUAGCUUUGUGUUCACUUGUCAGAGGUAAGAUUUUUUAAAAAUUGUUUUACCUUCAAGUGAGAAGAUCACAGGUGUCUGGUCUUCUUGAGUUAUACUGGACUGUACUCAUCUUUUUAUUUUUUUUAAUGCAUAUGACAGAAUGACACGUACAACCAUAUUAACACAUGUACACUCUUCAGGCACAGAUCUAUCCCGCAGUGCACAACCUGAUUGCACACAGACUAAAUUUUACUUCUCUUGUUGAGAUUAGUAAGGGGAUGAUUCUAAUGCUGAGGUCAUGGCGUGGUGGAAAAUGUCACUUGAACCUCUUGAAGAGAUGGUUCACUUUCUGGAGUUUUUAAUAGUUCUAGUAUCACCGUAUUACAUUGGCCUAGACAGUUUUUAUGUGAUAUGAAAGAUAUUUGAGAGGUUUAACAGGCGUUACCGAUGGCCAGCUGGCUAUACGGCGGGUGGUGGGGCAUUCAGGGGUUUGUGAUCUAAAACAAGAAAAUACGCUUAAAGCGGCUUGUACAGUGACAUUAUGCCUCCAAGGGAUGUGCUUACUGGCCAAUUAAUUUUAUAGCAUUUUAAAAGUCAGUUUUUAUGUUGUACCGUUCCUUUAGUGCAGUGGUCUCAGGUUUGCAUGUGCAAUAGCAAGUAGCUCCGACUGAAAAUAACAUUAAACUAUAUUUUUUUGAAGAAUCGUCAGCUAAUAUCCAAAUGUACAGCCCCUGGAGUAGUAAUAUUGUUGUAAAAGCCAUAUUGGAGUUAGGGCAGACCCCUAAAUCCCCCUAUACCUGGCCUUGUAAGGCACCAGGUCUACAGGAACUUCUGUGAAUAACUAAAAUAUCCGUCACUGCAAACAAAAGCUGUAUGGGCCAAUUGAAAACUGAUUGAGUAAUUGAGUUUUUAAAAUCCCAAAUAAAAAAACCCGGAAAGUGAACUAUCACUUUACAACUAUAUAAUUACUUGCUUCAAAUCAUUGAAUUGCCGAUUUUUCUCGCUUUUUUUCCAGGAAAGUAAUAUGCAUAAAUGCAUGCAUACAAUCAAAUGGUGGGAUAAUUCCCUCUUCAGUGCUCAUGACCUGUAGAGUUUACCUGACUGAAGCCUCCAACUGAGAAUUUAUCAACAUGAAUCACAAUGUUGCACUAUCCAACACCACGUCAGACGUGACUGCAGAUUCUCUGCAUCUUCUUUUCAAAGCAGAAUGCUGGGUUCCUGUUUCCCAAGGAGAAAUAUUGGUUAUUGGUGGUGUUCUUUAUUUUUUUAGCGCGUUGAAAAUUAUUUGCAAAACUCUUUCAGAAGAAUGGUAAUAAGGAUUUCUGUGAAUAGCUAUAGAAAUUUAUAUUUUUGUUGUCAGUACUCUGAAGUGCAUACAGAUUUCAGUGUAUACAUGCAAAUUCAACCAUGUAUAGUACAGCUUUUGCUUAUGUUGCCAAUGGUUACUGAUGGUUAUCUUUGUUUUUUUCCAAAGAUGGAAACCUGAUACUGAAUUUAAAAUGAAAAUAUAAAUUCAAAUUUAAACUGU